AUGUCGGCCAAGCGACGGGCCUCCUCGGGCCCCCAACACCACCACCACCAGCAGCAUCAGCCGGGGCAGCAGAUAUCCUCGGAGCAGCAGAGGGCCCGCAGCCAGAGCCUGGCGGGUUCAUCCACCUUUCUCGAGGGCUGGCGCAGCCGGAUGCCGUUCCUGAAACGCCGCCAGACCAUCGACAAUUCCCGCCAGAGCCAGCCGCUCAUGGAGGAGGGGGAGGCCGCCGGCGGAGGUCCAGCUCCACAGGCAUCAGCCGGUCCAGGUACCGCCGACAGGCCGACAUUGAUGACGACCAUAGCGGAAGAUGUUGCAGAGGCAGCAACGGCAGCAACAUCGGACGUGGCAGCAACAUCCGACGCUUCCGGAGCAACUGGACCGGCAGAUGGCCAUCCCAACGGCAUGGGCACCGUCAUCGUUCGCAUGGAGGGAGCUGGCCAACAACAGAUGGCCGAUGAGGCGCUUUAGGUUAAACCCCUCGAGUCACACAACAUCUCAUAGUUUAAGCCACUGAAAUACCGAAACCAAAACAGAUCAACAACCCAAAACCCCACCAAAUGCAACAGCCCAUUGAACCCAGUUACUAUCGCAUAGGAAUGUUCCUAAAAAACAUGGAGAUUUUAAAAUAAUAUUUCGGGUGUCCAUAACUAGGGAAUAGAAUUUAACUAAUUUUUUAUUAACUUUAACUACAUAUUGUAUUUACGAUGAUAAAAAUUAACACAAGUUGUUUUUGGCACCUUAACGAUUUUAAAAACCAUAUAUUUUUAAGGGAAAAUCUGGCUAUUGAUUUAAUUUUUUAGAUGUUUAUUUUUACCAUCGUUAGUCUUACCGCCAAAAUGUAUUAUUUGUUUAGCAAGAUUCGUUAAACGUAUUAUAUAAGUUUUUGCUUACCAUUAGACACCUGAAAUAUUGUUAGAAAACUGCUGGACAACUUGCAAAACACACAGAAUCAAAUUCCGUAGCCAGCAAGACUGGAAUUUAUAUCGCCACAAGUUGCAGCAUGGUAAAUGUUAAGUUUUCAAAGUAUAUUCCUCAGUUUUCCUUGGUUUCCUCAGCAUGCAAAUUGCGAAAUAAAUUUCAGCCUUUUGCGGGCAACGGACCAACUUGAAUGAGAACAUAUUUAUUGUACCUAUGAGUGUAAGAAUUUAUGUGGAUAUUAAAUAUCAUUGUUGUCUUAAGUGUUAAGUGUACCCUAGAACUAGUCCCACCACCUCCCCCCUAAAACCAUUUCCCCAAAAUAUAUCUCUCUCUGUGGUAAGCUGAGCUUUCUGGCAAUCGCUUUUAGUGUGUCUAUGAAUGUACGCAAAUGUAAUAAAAUUUUAAUUAAAUGUAUGUCUGCUGAA